AUGACAGAAGCCACGCUCAAUCUGUACGCCUGUCAGGUACGGCCGGAACCACAACUGUGGUCUAUUGCUCUUGGUUGAUUGUCGUCGAAUACGGUCCUAAGUUAACUUGUGCCAUCCGUUAUGCCUUACCGCAAGAUCGAGGAUUCUAUCAUCCAUGUAGUGCCUAAUGAUUACACCGUGGAAGACUUCAUUGAAUCAAGGAUUACAGCUCCUGGAAGAGAGUGGCAUGAUCACCUACCAGACAUCAAACCAUUCUACGCUGUCAAGUGUAAUGAUGAUCCUAUUUUGAUAAGGCUUCUUCACAAGCUUGGAACCGGCUUUGACUGUGCCAGCAGGAAAGAGAUARAGACGGUGCUUGGAGUGGGUAUUCCUUCAUCGGAGAUUAUUUAUGCGCACUCCUGCAAAAAGAAGUCCAGCAUUUCAUGUGCAACAUUCUAAAGGAGACGUUGAACAAGAACUUUCCUCCCGAAAGUGGAGUCAAGUUCAUAGCCGAACCUGGUCGUUUCUUUGCUUCUGCAUCCUACACCCUGGCAGCCAUCAUAACAACCAAAAAAACCUGCGUCAAAGAAAACUGCAAGGAUGAAGAAUAUCCAGUUUCUUUCUCCAAAUAUGAGCCCAAAAAGGGUUUCAUGUACUACAUAGAUGACGGCAUUGCAAGUUCGUUUACUGAGUCAGUCUGGUUGCCAGGUUACGAGUACAGCAAGCCUUUCCCCCUAAAGGAGUCUAAGGGGGAGCCGCUAUUUCCCAGCAGUAUUUGGGGUCAGACUUGCGCCAGUAUGGACUACGUGACCAAAAAUUGUAUUUUGCCAGAGAUGUUUGCUGGAGACUGGUUGUACUUCAAAAACAUGGGCGCGUACUCCAGUGUUCAUGCCAGUGGCUUUAAUGGCUACACCACCAAUAAACAUAAAUACCAUUUCAUCCGACAAGCAAACUGGGAGAAAGUAAGCAAGUACUUCAAGGAGUUCCCAGUUGAUUUUCUUGAAUAAUUAAUAUCUAACACUUUAAACAUCCAUACUUAUAACUGAUUUUUCUGAUCUUUAUCUCUAUCAUUCCAUCUCUUAGCCUGUACACCAAUCGUGGAGUAUAGGCCAUCAACAACAUCUGAAAGCCACAGAGCCCAGUUCUAUCAUUGCAUAGACCUUCGUAGAAAUUAACCUUACCUAAUAUUUUUGCAAUUCACCUUUUCGGCGCUAGCUUGGUUUGUGUUACGGUCACCAAAAAGUUCGGACAUUGUUCUCGGAUUUCCAUACAAAUUCACUGACUUUAAAGAAAAAAUUUAGGUAGAUUUCUUUAGUUAGC